AUGGCCGACGAGGCACCGCCUUCGCCUGUGAGCCUUAGCAGACCUCUUCGUUGCAUCGUCAAACUUGGUGGAUCUGCAGUUACCCAUAAAGAUGUGCUGGAGCACAUAAAUGACAAAGAUCUUGCUGCAGUUGCAUCACAGUUGAGGGAGGUCAUAAUGCAUUCUACUGCAAGGGGGUACACGAUGGAUUGGAGCAAGCAGUCGGGGAUCCCUCCAACUAUUCCUGCAGAUAUUGCAGAUCAAGUUUUGAGUUCGAGUGCUUUCAUUGUGGUUCAUGGAGCAUGGUCCUUUGGGCACUUCCAGGCAAGUAGAGCUGGAGUUCACAGAGGUGGAUUGCAUUUACCUCUUGUAACUGCUGGUUUUGUGGCAACAAGAAUAUCUGUUUAUUUGAUCAUGCCUCUGGUGACAGCACUCAAUCUUGAGAUUGUGAGGGCACUUGCAAAAGUUUGCAGUGCACGAGCUUAG